AUGGAUACAAAAAGCCCAUCUUUCUCUUCUAGCCAUCGGUGGAAAUACCAUGUCUUUCUAAGUUUCAGAGGUGAAGAUACUCGUAAGAGUUUUACGGACCAUUUAUACGCUGCUUUGAAACAAAAGGGCAUUUUCACAUUCAAGGAUGACGAAAAACUGGAGAGAGGAAAACUCAUUUCACAUGAGCUUUUAAAAGCAAUAGAAGAAUCAAUGUUUGCUAUUGUCAUUCUCUCAAAAAACUAUGCAUCAUCAACAUGGUGUUUGGAUGAACUUGUAAAGAUUGUGGAAUGCAAAGAAAAGAUGGGGCUUAUAAUUCUACCCAUUUUUUAUGAUGUAAAUCCAUCUGAUGUACGCAAACAGACAAAAAUUUUUGCACAAGCAUUUGUUGAACACGAAAAAUGUUUCAAAGAGAACAUGAAGAAGGUUCACAAGUGGAGAGCUACUUUGAGAGAAGUGACCAAUCUUUCUGGAUGGUCUUUACAAGAUAGGCCUGAGUCAGAAUUUAUCCAGGAUAUUGUGGAAGUGAUAUUGCAAAAAUUAAGUUGUGCAUUCCCAAGAGAUACCAAAGAUUUAGUAGGAAUAGAUUCUAGAGUGGAGGAAUUGAUGUCACUUUUAGCUAUAGGAUCGAACGAUGUUCGCUUUAUAGGUGUUUGGGGGAUGGGGGGGAUUGGUAAGACAACUCUUGCCAGAGUUGUUUAUCAUAUGGUUUUUAAUGAAUUUGAGGGUGGUAGUUUUAUCACUAAUAUUAGAGAAGUAUCUGAAAAGUAUGGUUUACUUCCUUCACAACAAAAACUUAUUUGUGAAAUUUUGAUGGAGAGAAGUAUCGAUAUACGGGAUGUUGAUGAUGGAGUUCUUAUGAUCAAGAAUAGGUUGUAUCAUAAAAGGAUUCUUCUUGUUCUUGAUGAUGUAAAUCAAUUUGACCAAUUAGAAAAGUUAGCUGGAGAGCAUAAUUGGUUUGGUUCAGGUAGUAGAGUUAUCAUCACAACACGAGAUAAGCAUUUGUUGAUAAGACAUAAUGUAAAUGGAAUAUAUGAGGUUAAAGGAUUGAAUGAUGAUGAUGCUCUUUAUCUUUUUAGUUUGAAAGCUUUUAACAAGAGUCAUCCUACUGAAGAUUAUCUAAAGUUGUCUAAACAAUUUGUAAAUUAUGCCAAUGGUCUUCCUCUAGCGAUUGGAGUUUUGGGCUCUUUUUUGUUCAAUAGAAGUAAGGAGGAAUGGGAUAGUGCAUUAGAUAGACUCAAAGAAUUUCCUGAAAGAAAAAUUAUCAAAGUACUUCAAACAAGUUUUGAUGGACUUCAAGAAACAGAGAAGGAAAUAUUUCUACAUAUUGCAUGUUUCUUUAAUAUGAAGGAUAAAAACUAUGUGGUAAAAAUUCUAGAUUGUCUUGGCCUAUAUCCUUGCAUUGGAUUAAGGGUUCUCAUUGAAAAGUCUCUCUUAAAAGAAUAUGAAAAUAAAUUUUGGAUGCAUGAACUACUACAAAAAAUGGGUCAAGAUAUAGUUCAUCAAGAUUGUCCUCAAGAACCCGGAAAGCAUAGCAAAUUGUGGCUAUAUAAGGACAUUAAUCAUGUGCUGAUGACAAAUACGGGAACAGAAGCAAUUCAAGGCCUAGUCCUAGAGCUUCCUUGUUUGCCUAAAUUUGGUGAAUUCAAAAAGGCACAUUGGAACCUUGAAGUCUUUUCAAAGAUGUCUAAUCUCAAAUUGCUUAUAAUUCAUGGUGUUCACCUACUACAUGGUCCCAAACAUCUUUCUAAUAGCUUAAGAUUUCUUGAUUGGAGUUUAUAUCCUUCAAAAUCUUUGCCAUCAAGUUUUCAGCCAAAUGACCUUGUUGAACUUCACAUGUGCCAUAGCAAAAUUGAAAGACUUUGGGAAGGAAUAAAGCAUUUUGACAAGUUGAAGUCCAUCGAAUUGAAUGAUUCUUUAAACCUUAUUGCAACCCCUGACUUCACUGGAGUCCCCAAUCUAGAGAAAUUGGUUGCUAAAGGUUGUAUAAAUUUACGAGAGGUUCACCCAUCUAUUAUGGCUCAUAAAAAGCUUACUCUUCUUAACCUUGAAGGCUGCAAAAACCUUAACAGUCUUCCAAGUAAGUUUGAAAUGGAGUGUCUUGAGAAUCUUAUUCUUUCUGAUUGUUCAAAAAUAAAGAGAAUUCCAGAAUUUGCUAGAAAUAUGGAACGCUUAACAAAACUUCACUUAGAUGGCACUACUAUUACAAAACUUCCCUCUUCAAUUGAACAUUUGACUAACCUUGCUUCAUUGCAUUUAAGAGAUUGUAAAAAUCUAGUAUGUCUUCCUACCAUAAUUUGUGGCUUCAAGUCGCUUAAAGAUAUCAAUGUGGCUGGAUGCUUGAAACUUGACAAUUUGCCACAGAGCCUAUUGAAUGUCGAAAGUCUAGAAGAGCUUAAUGUGAGUGGGAUUACUUUUAGAGAGCCGCCUUUCUCUGUCAUUCUUUUGAAAAAUCUGAAGACAAUCCCUAAUGAUUGUGGCUGUUUAUACUCUUUAGAAGUUUUAAAUCUAAGUGGAAAUAAUUUUGAUUGUCUUCCUGAAAGCAUCAUUCAACUAUCUAUGUUGAAGAAUAUUUUUUUGACGCAUUGCACGAGGCUUCGUUCAUUGCCACAACUUCCAUCAAGCACUUCAGUUGUUGUUGCAGAAAAUUGUACCUCAUUGGAAACAUUACCAAACAGAUCAACAUUAGACAAACUAUUCCCGCCAUCUCUAAUUCUUUUCAAUUGCUUCAAAUUGGCUGACAUUCAACACCAAAGCAAUGUGUUCUUUAGAAUGCUAUCAGCAGAUGCUCAGGGACUCUACAGUGCACCUAAAAAUAAAAGACCUAGGGCUGCCUGUAGACUUCUUAUUCCUGGAAGUGAAAUUUCAAAUUGGUUUAGCCAUCAAAGUGUGGGGAAUAUAGUGAAUGCACAGGUUACUCAUUCAAAAGAGUGGAUGGGAAUGGCUGUGUGCUCUGUUUUGUCAUUCCGCGAUCUCCAUCCAAACAGUCUUUGUUGUUUUGAUUGUUAUAUUGAAGUCAAUAAACAUGAAGGUGCAAGAGAGUCGGCUUAUUUUGUAAAUACUUUUGGUCAUAUUGACUCACUUCACCUUUGGAUGCUCUAUUUUCCCUCUCAUUGUUUUUAUGAGAAUGCGAGAGCAGUAUUGAGUCAAACUGAUGAGAAUGAAUUGAUUUGA